AAUGUGUAGCGGUGUGGUUUUCGUUUGAAGCGGACUUGUAUGAGUGCAUUGUAAACGGAAAGUUAAAUCUGCAUUUUAUUUGGGAUAAAAGAAUAAUAAACUAGAAGGUGUAAUAAAACACGGAUAACUAAAAAUACACAAAGAAAAGAUACUCUAAGGAUAUCACAGGAUAAUCACUACUAAUCAACAUGUCGGCUAAGACAGCAACACAACAACCGCGACGUGCACCACUUUCGCUCUCUGGCGGUAAGCAGCACAAUCAAAAUAGUGGCAAAUCUGCAGACUCCAACGUUAAUUCAAGUAAUGGCGCUAGUGCUAAAAAUGAUAAGCAUUCUGCUAGUCAGAAGGUCGAGCCUACUAUUAACGAUACAAAAGAAGUGAAGAAAUCUCAGCAUACAGAAAAGAAGCAGCCGCAGCAGCAGCAAUCCGUUAACAAUGAGACUGUAAAGAAAAAUGAAAAAGUAGACGAAAAGAAAUCUCAAAAUGGCACCGGCAAAGAUUCCACUAAUGGUGGUGAAAAGGAAAAACAACAGAAUGGCGCUGAUAAACAAGAAAAUGGUAAUGCUAAUGGCACCAAUGCCAAGUCGGGCAAUACAAAUUCGAACAGUAAUGCAGCCGCCAAGUCGACUACAAAGUCAAAUGAGAAAACUGCUACGCCGGUCGUGAAAGAAGAUGUAAAGGACUUGGAGAAAGAAAAAGAGAAGGAGAAAGAAAAGAAAAAAGAGAAUGGACAGGAAAAGGUUAUCGAGAAAAUCGAAAAAGAAACGAGAUCCCGUCGCCAUGACACGGCUGCAGCCGAGGCUGAGAAAAAGCAAACAGAGAAGACCGAACCUAACAAAAGCGAUGAAACAAAAACUGAAGUGGCAACACCAACUUCCCGUUCAAGUGCUGCUCAGGCCAAGUCGAGCGCUACACCGACAAAAGGUGUGAACAGAUCAUCUGGAGCCAACACACCCACAAAAGCAGUGGAAAAAUCGAGUGCUUCGCUGCGAACCAAGACUGUUACCACUGUCAUAGACGAUGCCGAGAUGGAAUCGCUCGCCGUAGAGUCGUCACCAGUAAAACCACAGAAGAACUCGGUUUCCACAGCAGCUGCUCCUACUGUUGUCUCCCAAUUACAACCACCCGUCGCCACUUCGACUCCAGGCAAGAUUUUACAAUCAACACAAAAGGUGAAAUUGCAAACUCCCGCUGCCAAGUCAGAGAUCCCAAUAAAUAUACAGAAUACUGGCAGUUUACCGGAUCGCAACAAUGCGCCACGCACCUUCACACAGAUCGGUGGACGUCGCAGCAUACGUCCAAUAAACGAAUAUACGCCUUCGAAAUUCCAAAGCAACUCGCAAUUUCGUGAAUCUUAUCGUCGUAUUAAUACCGAAUUGGAUGUCAGUUCGACCACCAAUACCAGCAUGAAUGUCACAGUUGGAUCUGAGGUGCCGAAUAGCUCGUCCUUUUCGUUCUUCGGUCGUGGGCGCAAACGCGAUCGUACACCACCACAACAAUCACAAUCAACCAUAGAGAUGCAUACCGAUGCUGCUGACUAUUCGCCGCCAAAACGUGCACGCUUGGAUAUGUAUUCCUUCUUUAGUGUGGUCUCUUCGCCAAUAACAAUGCUGCGUUCGCGUCUUUCGAAAGCUACCAUACAAAGUAGUACGCCGAUGAAGUUAAGCUCCAAACUAGCAGACGAUGAUGAAGAGGCCGAGGUACAAAAUGUUUCCGGCAUUUCAAUCGAAGAACAGAUCGUCGAAGGCGCCGAAAGUGAGGAGAAGACUGCCACCGAAGAUGUGACGGUGGGCAAGAAAAGUGACGCUGAAACUGCGCCCAAGACAGAUUCGCCUAUGAAGGUUGACGAGAUAUGCGGCAUUGAGAAGGGUGAUGAAAUAGACUUAAAGGGGGGCAUUGAAGCAAAGUCCCUGGAUAUACACGAACUUCCAGCCGUCACAGCAGAUACUUCCGUAACCUCCGCUAAGAAUAGGAGAUGUAACGUCAUGUAAGGAGAGGAAAGUAAUGAAAUCAAGCGUAUUGUUUAUAAUAGUUACCAUAUUUUUCUUUAAAUGUAUCACUUUAAACGUACAUAUAUGUUCAAUCCUUCGAAAAGUUAAUUAAAAUAUUCUACUAUAUACGUACAUGCAUAUUUAUAAUUAUUACAUUCAGUAUGAAAUGUAUAUGUUUAAGUGCAGAAGACGUGUUUAGUUAUAUAAGAGUGUAUCGCAGUCCAAAAACAAAAAAAAAAAAACAUUGUUUAGUAAUACUUUCUUCUGUAUGCAAUUUAAUUAAAUGUUUAUGUAUAAUUUGGUAUUUGUGUAGAAAAUUACAAUUAUUUCUUAAAAACUAUGCCGUUGAAAAUGUUUCGUACUAAAAAUUAGUAAAGCAGUAUAAGGCAGAUAUCAAAUACUAAUUUGGAUAAACGAUUGUUGCUAGCUAAUAAUAUGUCUGUUCAUGUAAAAAUUAUGCAGUAACUGAAUUUCUGAGAAUGCUCUCGCAAAAAGAAAAAUAUCAAAAAAAAAGUACAUGAACGCAAAACCAGUAACAAUUUGCAAGUUUUAUGAACAGCUGAUUGAAUUGUUGGCUGGAAACAUCACCAAAAUUUAAAAUUUUUCAGUUGAGCUACCGCGUAUUAAAUUUGAAAAAGGAUAAAGCAAAUAAAAUGCAAAAUAACGAGCUUCGGAAUCACUUAAUUUUAUUUUCUCCACAAUAAUUUAUUUCAUUUAAUCAUCGCUGUCGGAUGCAAGACAUUCCAUUAGCAAUUGCAAUUCACAAAUUUUAAUUCGUGCUUAUUUUUACUUUACGAUCAACUGUUUUUCUCACUUGUUUUUCUUACAAGUAAAAAUUUAACCGGUAAAAACUUGCAACUUCCCUUCAAAAUGAAAUGUCAUUUUGUUCUCUCACUUUCCCCUACUUUGCAAGUCUAUUGGAUACAUGAACACCAAAACUUGAUAAUUUGUAACAAUUGUUAGAAAUUAUUUGCCUCAUGAGCAGAUAACAUGAAAGCGAUUAUUGUUGAAAUUGCCUUAUACUGCUCCAACAGAAAGAAUAUGACAUUUCGAGUUUGGUCACGAAUUUUAUUGUAACUGUCUUUGGCGGAAUUUGCAAGGUGAAUUCUUAGAAGGUGACUUCGCUAGAGCAGCAACAACACUUACAUGCAUUUUGCUUUUGUAAUUUGGUAGUCUGAUUGCCAAAAUUUCCAUGAGAAUGUCAACAAACUAAUAAGACAACAACAAAGAAGCGGGACACUCUAACCAGUAAAACGCAAGAAAAAACCAUCAAAUCUGCUAUAGCGAAAUCUUCUGUGGAUUCGCCUUGAUAGAGUUGCUUAAUGCUCGACCAAGAGCCAGUAUAUUGUUUUUUUAAUCGACUGCAAAUUUAUCUCAUAUAAUAAAUAUUAUUCUCUUAUGUUUUUUUUAUAUAUCACUUUUUGCUUAGAAAAACAUAAAAGAACAAAUAUUUAAAAGAAAAUUGGAAAUAAGCAUAUAAAAAAAAUUAUUUCGAAAUUUCCUGUUCGGUUUAUAGAUUAGAAUAAUUAAUUUUAGUCGAAGCUAAAAAUCAUAUCCCAAUUGAUUUCUUAUGAAACAAAUGAAUUAAAGAUACUUUAUCGCAUAAAUAUAUGCAGGUAUUUGUAAUACCUUACGAACUUUUAACUGUUUGUAAUUGUCAAAAGAUUUAUUUGUGCAUUAAUUUUGUUUGUAAAAUGUAAGGCCUGACUCAAAUGCGAGGGUCGAUCAACCACAACAUAUGCAUUAUAAUUUCAGCAUAUCUAAGUAUGUAAUAAAAUAAUUAUAAACACAUACGUAAUACAUAAUCAUAGUUUUAUGGCGAUUUUAAUCAGUAUCCGAUAUUCUUAAAAAUAAAGCAAAUUUUAUAACAAA